GGCGCCGUAGCCGUCGAAUUCCGUUCAUCUUCAGCAUCUCCAUGGGGUCUACCCACUCAGUCCAUGCCCUUUAAGAGAACUUUCAGUGCAACGGCUGCACCGAAGGCACAAUCAUAGCCUUAUAUUUAACAGGACUUUGUCUUCCUGGAGAACCACCUUCGGUGCAAAGCUGGAAAUAGCUUGUCUUUAAAUUCCAUCUCUUAGUUUUCUAUUUUGUUGCACUUUAGAGGAACACCAAGAAACCAUGAACAGCUUUAGCAAUGAUGAAUUUGACUUCAACUUCCUUGAUGAAGGCUUUACUGCUAAGGAUAUUCUGGACCAGAAAAUUAAUGAAGUUUCUUCUGAUGAUGAUAAAGAUGCCUUCUAUGUUGCCGACAUUGGUGACGUCUUAAAGAAGCAUCUGAGAUGGUACAAAGCUCUUCCUCGAGUAACUCCUUUUUAUGCUGUUAAAUGUAAUGACAGCAGAGCUAUAGUGAAGACACUUGCUACUAUAGGAGCAGGAUUUGAUUGUGCUAGCAAGACUGAAAUACAGUUAGUACAGAGUCUUGGGGUACCUCCAGAGAGGAUAAUCUAUGCAAAUCCAUGCAAACAAGUGUCACAAAUUAAGUAUGCUGCCAACAAUGGAGUACAAAUGAUGACUUUUGAUAGUGAAGUAGAGCUAAUGAAAGUUGCCAGAGCUCAUCCAAAGGCAAAGCUGGUUUUAAGGAUCGCCACUGAUGAUUCCAAAGCUGUCUGUCGUCUAAGUGUUAAAUUUGGUGCCACUCUCAAAACUAGUAGGCUACUCCUUGAACGGGCAAAGGAACUGAAUAUUGAUGUUAUUGGAGUCAGUUUCCAUGUGGGAAGUGGUUGUACUGAUCCAGAAACAUUCGUCCAAGCAGUUUCUGAUGCCCGCUGUGUCUUUGACAUGGGGGUGGAGUUUGGUUUCAACAUGUAUCUUCUUGAUAUCAGUGGUGGCUUUCCUGGUUCUGAAGAUGUAAAGCUUAAGUUUGAAGAGAUCACAAGUGUAAUCAAUCCAGCAUUGGACAAGUAUUUUCCUUCUGACUCUGGACUGAAAAUCAUAGCUGAACCAGGCAGAUACUACGUUGCCUCAGCUUUCACUCUUGCAGUUAACAUCAUUGCCAAAAAACUUGUGUUAAAGGAACAGACAGGUUCUGAUGAUGAAGAUGAGGCAAAUGACCAAACCUUUAUGUACUAUGUAAAUGAUGGAGUGUAUGGCUCAUUUAAUUGCAUCCUGUUUGAUCAUGCACAUGUUAAACCUAUUCUACAAAAGAGACCCAAACCAGAUGAGAAGUAUUACUCUUCUAGCAUAUGGGGACCAACCUGUGAUGGCCUUGAUCGAAUUGUCGACCGCUGUGAUUUACCAGAAAUGCAUGUGGGAGAUUGGAUGCUGUUUGAAAACAUGGGUGCUUAUACUGUUGCUGCUGCUUCUACUUUCAAUGGAUUCCAGAGACCCACUAUCUAUUAUGUGAUGUCUGGGCCAGCAUGGCAAUGCAUGCAACAACUCAAGAACCAAGGUUUUCCAGCAGAAGUAGAGGAUCAGGAUAUCAACACUUUGCCAUUGUCUUGUGCUUGGGAAAGUGGAAUGGAACAUCACUCAACAACUUGUACUUCAGCUAGUAUUAAUGUAUAGGUGCUGUUUGUAGCCAUUAAUUGCAAGUUUAGCUUGAAUUAGAGCAUUUGGGGGGACCAUUAACUUAAUUCCUGCUAGAGUUUUUAAGUAUGUUUUAAGAAUAGGGUUUGGCACAAAUGCAACAAUAUGGAAGACUAAGAGAUGGGGUCACACUUAUCUGUGUUCCUAUGGAAACUAUUUGAAUAUUUGUUUUAUAUGGAUUUUUAUUCACUUUUCAAAUAUGCUUCUAAAGAUUGCCCCUCAGCUGCUAAGCAAGCAU